AUGGAGAUAACCAGACGAUACUUUCCCAUGGAAUGGGAGGAACGCUGGCGAAAAGAGAAAGAGAGAAGAAGAAAGGUGAUGGAAGAGGGAGGAGAGAAAUUUGAAGAAGAAGACAGAAAGCUAAAAUAUAUUGUGGCCUACAACAGUAGCAGAAUGGGUUUGAAAGACACAGAGGAGACAAGAAGAGACAGCAAGGGAAAGCAGGAAGAGGACGAUUCUGAGACAACAGUGGAAGAUCAGGUGAAGAUAUAUUGUAGACAUAGCUACCCCACGGAGAUCCUCCAGACUCUGGAUGAUCUAAGGCAGUCAUCUCAUUUGACUGACCUGACUUUGAGCACUGAAGAUGGUCUGCACUUCCAGGCUCACUCCCUUGUCAUGGCUGCGGUAAGUUCCACCAUCAAACAAAUGGUCCAGAAUAGUGAUGAAGACAGGGAGAGUGCGUUGACCAUAGUUAUGGGUCCAGAGGUCAGUCGUUCAGGACUGGCUGCAAUGCUAGAGUUUGCCUACACCGGGGAUAUGCCUUCACUGAGCGAGGACAGCCUUGCCCAGAUUCAGACAGCUGCUCAAAGUUUGGGUGUUCUCAGAGUUCUGGAGCUCUGCAGGAAGGAAGAGGAGAAAGAGAACAAAAAGGGAGCAGGAGGAGGGGAGGAAAAGAAGAAGAAGGAGAAAAUAAGAAAGAUCUUUGCUGCAGAGCAGAUGAAGAUCACCCUUGAGUCUAUGAAACAGCUGUGGGCUGAAAGAGUGGGUUGUGACGUGGAACUAGAGGCUGAGGGAAGAAGGUUCCAUGCCCACAGGGUGAUCCUUGCGGCCAGCAGUGACUACUUUCGGGGCAUGUUCAUGAGUGGUAUGAGGGAGUCCCAGCAGCAAUGUGUGACCCUGCUGAUGCUAGGUGCAACUGAGCUAGACGCCCUUCUUCAGUGUUCAUACACUGGAAACCUGACCCUGGCCUGGGACUGCAUUUUUGAGCUUGCUUGCACCGCCCUCCAGUUUCAGUUUCAUUAUGCUUUGUCACUGUGCCUGGACUUUUUGCAGAAAGAAAUGGACACCGACAACUGCCUGGAUGUUAUAUCUUUUGCUGAAGCUUAUGAGAUGGGUGAAUUGCAUGAGCUGGCAGAAGACUUUGUCCUGAUGCACUUUCAUGAAGUAGCUGCAACUCCCAAGUUCCAGGACCUAUCAGCUGAGAAGCUUCUGGAUUUCCUGCAACAUGACGGCCUCUCAGUACCAUCAGAGCUGGCUGCCUUUCGAGCUGCGGUGACCUGGGUUCAGGCUGACCCUCUCGAGAGGAUGUCACAAGCCAGAGAACUAAUGUCGGGGGUCCGCUUCCCUCUCAUGACCUUUCGAGAAUUCCGAGAGGUGCGCGCCAUUAACCUGCAAAUGGAAUGCAGCGGAGGGGAUGAAGUGGACCUCUACAAGUCAGCUCUGAAACAAUUCGGUUUCGGCCACUCCGACUCCGAAAUACGUCGACGCGUUCGCCGUCCCAGAGAGGCUCUGGUUCUCGUCGGCGGAGAUCAGCUGCAUCCAGACGUCGGUCCAAGGCUUCCCAGCAGACAGCUGUGGUUUGUCAAUUUGCUUUACAGUGGAACUGGAAUGGUGAAAGACAUGGAGUGGAGAAAGUUAGGAGAAAUGCCAGACCACGCAAGGUUCAGACAUGGAGUGGGAGUCCUGGAAGACAAACUCUAUGUGGUUGGGGGUUGUCAUUUCUAUGCUAAGACAGACACAAUGAAAUCUGUAUACAGGUACACACCUGUUUCAGACACUUGGGAGAGGUUAGCUGACAUGAAUGAGCACAGAAGUAAUUUCACAGUGGUGGUGAGAGGACACAUCCUGUAUGCUAUAGGAGGAGACAAAGACAUCAGCGCCAAUCUAGACAGUGUGGAAAUGUACUGUCCAGAUACUGACUCUUGGAGAUUUGUCUGCCCCCUGGACCAGGCUCUAAGUGGCCAUGCUGCUACUGUAUGGGGUGGAGAGAUUUUCAUCUCUGGUGGUUUCAACUGUCACUACCAAUGUCUGGUCUCCAUGUUCGUGUACCACCCAGAGAAUGGAACUAACUACCUGUCAGACAUGAAUCAUGACCGGGCCCAGCACUGCAUGGAAAACUUUCGGGGACUUUUCUAUGUGGCCGGAGGGGUUUGUAACCUGCGGAAGUUCUACACAGACCAGCUUGCCUGUGAGAUUUAUAACCCCCUGAAUGAUUCCUGGAACACCUUCACUCCGCUUCCAAUCCCUCAUGUUGGGGCGGCAUCGGCUAUUUUGGAAGAGAAGCUCUAUAUUCUGGGUGGCUACUGCCAGGAAGAUUAUAGUGAGUCCAGGCUGGUGCAUCGAUAUGACCCUGCUUUCCAACGAUGGGAAAAUAUGGGGAGAAUGCCAGGUCCCACCUCAGAUUUACGGGCCUGUCUUCUACACCUGCCAGAUCAUUUAAGAAAAUGA